UAGUUAAUAUGCUUUAAAAAAAAUAAAAAUUUUAAAUUAUCAAUUUUAAAUUCCCGGUUACCAAGCUUUUCUUAGCACUUUUUAAAAGAACCAGCCAAAAUUAUCAGUAAUAAACCAAUUAAUAAUAUAUCAAUUAAGAGAUUAAAAAAUCUCCUAGAAAACAUAAACAAUCAACCCAACCAACAAAAUGGCAUGUAAAUUUGUUUUCGAUAUUAUCGCUACACAUUUCGAGUCUACCGUUGUGAAAAUUUAUGAUCCCAAAAAAUUGGCUGUAGUUGCUAAUUUCAAUAAAAUAAAUGUGCCUUUGACAUUAAGUCAGAUCAAUGUAUCCGAGUUCAAAUCUGGCGCUGGCGUCGAUCUUGAUGCGGCGCCAAAGAAGAUGCGCGCGAAUCUUCAGGAGUGCGGCUUGCUGAUGACGGUCUCAUACAACACUAAGGUCAUAGGCGCCGGUCAAAUAAUGUUUCCUCAAAGCGUGAUAGAUAAGAUAGAUGCAGGAAUGUCCGAUUUAAUGCACGUAGGCUCCUGCGAUUUCGAAAAAGACGGGCAAACAAUGGGCCACAUCGAGGUGCUCUGCCGUCUCCUCAUUAAAUGCGAAGAACAGUCAUUUGAAGAGCAGACCGAAUGUCGCCGAAACAUAGACAGAUGCAUUAACCAGGAGGACAUCAUGUUUGUUGUGAGCGAGUCACAACGAUGCCCUAGCCCUUGCGAUCCUUGCCUGGACGCUUUGGAGCCAGAGGAUGGCGAUGAGCGUCUGCAAUUGGAUAUGGCACGCUAUCGUAGCUCGAAUGCUGGUGGCUAUCGACCCGCAGAAAAUAUGAUUCACAUGCCGGAGGCGAAUUCCGCCUGUUGUGAGCUUAAGAGAAUGGCGCGGGAGUGUGAAGAGAUUGUUGACUCUAUUACCAAGCACGUUGGCCAUCCGAAGCCAUUGAAGUCACCUUGCCGGAGACCACACGAACAGGGCGGUCCCUGCAGUGGUCCUUUUCAAUAUUUUCAGGAGGACAAUCAGCCACAUAGUCCAUAUGUUCCCUGUUUUUCGUACUUGCCAGCACGACAGGAUGAGGGUCCUGAUUUCUGCGAUCCAGCGCUGAUACCUGUACCAAUCAGUGACUUGCAAAAGCCUUCGAUAAAGCCAGCACGAUUUUGUCCAAUCUGCCUGACCAAUAUGUCAUGGCUUCCAAAAUUUGCCACCUGCCCCAAGUGCGGGGUCAAGCCCAUGCCGGUUGUUGAGGAACGCCAUAAGGAGGUGAAACUGACUCCAGAACAAAUAAUAGACGAGUUUGUGGGCAAAACAAAAGAUGAUAAGACCGAUUACUGCGUGGACCCCUGCGAGUCGAAAAAAAAGCAAGCUGAUGAUGAUGACAAAUGCAGUAAGGUUCAGUGUACGUGUAAGUGCGGAAAAAUGUGUGCUCAUUGCCGCAUACGUAAGCUAUGCGGGGAUAUUUUCCAAGCUAACCAGAAAGCGGCGCUUUGCCCCAGCGUUAAGCCAAAAUCCUCCGAGGACUUCUGUGUGCUGAAGACCGACUCCAAGCAGUGCCAGCCAUAUUUGGCACGCGUGUUCUCCGAGCUUCUCGAUUUGUACGAGAUCAAAAGCACACGACGACCGUCACAACUUCAAGUUGAAUGCGAACCAAAACAAGCCAGGAAGCUAGAGCAAUCAGCCAUAGACGGAAGACCAAAGCUUGAACAUAAGCCAAGGCAAAAGCCCGCUAAACGCAAGCUUCCUGUUAUGGGUGCCCAGCACAAGCGUUGCCUAAAAACAGAAGGAGGCGUUUCACGCCGUCACGGCUGGGCCUGGGAAUUGGGGGAGGAGGCAAGGAAUAAUGGCUGGCGACCAGGAUCCGUUCGAAAGUCUGUUAAACGCCUCAUGAAAUUCUUUUUGCAAUACUCUCCGAAACAUAAUUCAUUCAAUAAGUGCCGCGAAACGCUAGAAGCAGAAAAGGAACGCCAGCCACCCAUUUUGCACGUAUGCAAGAAGAAUGGAGAAAUCCUCGUUACUUUACGGGCUCCAAAUAACAAAAAUGUGGAAAUGAAACCCAUUGUGUUCAGGGUAGUCAAAAGCGAUCUGGCCGUAGCCCUCAGGGAGAUCAAAAAGAAGCUGAAGGACAAGGGCUUCCGCAAGUGCACGUGUCAUAAAACGGUGAUGCUGUGCGUCUGUCGCAACAUGCUAGAAAAGAAGCAUCUCGAAUACGCACUGCAGAAGGAGUGUAAACGUCGAGGCAUGGACAACUGCGUGGAUCAUUUGGUGCUCACAGACACCAGUGACAGCGAGAUGGAAUAUGAUUUCGAUGUGACCCCGCCGGCCGCGUCGGCUAAGCCAUCAAGUCCACGCAAGAACUUCAACAACGGUACACAGACCAAUAAGAAAGAUCUAAUCGUACCAUCAAAGUAUCCAACUAAACUAAAUCCCUACUGGCGCGUCUAUGACUGUGCUGCAGGCGAUCGGUACACCGGCGCAGCGUUCGGUGGGCCCGGUGAAGCUGUAUUUGAGGAUGGCAUCUUUGGUUACGGGGGCGGCGGACCGCAAGGAGCAUCCAAGAUCCAUGGAAUACGAGGUGGUGGUCCAGGUGGCGUUCUCGGCGGAAAGUCAUUCCCCGGUAAUAAAAAGCAACCAGGAAAGGGUAAAAGCGAACCCAUCCCAGUAAGAAUGCUCAAACGCCACAUUGAAGCCGUUAAAAAUGCUGCUAAAGCGGAAAAAGAAGCAAUACAGAAUGAGAUUGAACGAAAGAAAAAGGGAAUCAACCUAAUCAAGUAUUUGGAGGGACAUGGCGCCGUUCCUACGCCCUGGGACCCUAAUAACCCUCAGCCAAAGAAACCGGUUGCGAAUGGCCCAGUCUUGGGACCUGAUGGACUUACCGAUGCGCAACGCAAGCGACGCCUUCUCCAGCAGAUGUGCGUACCACCGCUCGACAGUAUGCCCCGCCUGGGCAAGGGCUAUGACCACUCCCAAUGCUACAAUGCAUGUGUCGCUCAGUGCUGCUAUCCAUGCUGCUACUGUUAAGACUCGAGAGUCCAGAUCAAAGAGAAGAUUUAUCAUUUUAGAAGAGACAGUACACAGCGGGCGCUGUGUGUCUUCGGAAAGUUUUUGAUAUUGUUUACUUUUCCCGCCUAAAUGGAAUAUUGCCCGACAGUGGGUUAACGUGUUUAUUUUAGCGAUGCCAUGCGACCGUAUAUAAUUUUGUAUAGGCUCCGGUUGUGACCAAUAAGUCUUUUUUGUCAGUCAUACGUCAUUCGUGUAUGUUAGCUAAGAAUAUACAUUAUAUUCAGUCUUAAUGUCCAUACACAGACACACUUAAAUUCCCAAUGUAUAACAGGAAUAAAAAAAAAAAAUUAGUUAUAUAAAACGCA